UUACCGGCAGUCCGUCCGUUAGGAGGAGCCUUGUCACCCAUCCACACGUCCGAGGCACGAGAUCCAGACACUAGUCGAAGCAAGCACCACCACCAGCACCAGCACCAUAUACAUCUUCAACAAUGACAAUUCACGACAAUUGCUCGGAGAGAUCAGCCACCAACGCGGUGAACGAGUCCGGGGUUCCAGUCGAUAGUUCACUUCCCACUCUCGAUAACCAAGAUCUUGUCUAUCAAGAGCUUCCAGCAAGGAUAACGAACCCCGUGAAGCUGGUGGCAUUGUUGAGAAUGGAGUUUGGGAUUGGAAGGUUCGACGUCUCGGUAAGUAAGGUACCCCAAGGAGAGGAAUGAACACUACACCAUGCAAUUGGUCUUUGUGAAGAUGAUUCGGAG